AUUGCUACCAUGGUAACGGACCACAUGAUGAGGUGUAUUAGAUUGCUGUGUGUUGAGCACAAGGGGAAGAAUGAACACAGCUUUUUAUUGAAGUUAAAGGUUACUUUGGAGUUUCUUCUGUAGAAAUGUGUAAGGUCAAAUACUUUAGUUUUCAGCAUAUGUAGUACUUCAGAGGAAGAAUUAGGGGCAUGUUGGUGCAUUUAACUACGAAACCAGAAUGAUUGAAGAUAGUGGGAAAAGAGGAAAUACCAUGGCAGAAAGAAGACAGCUGUUUGCAGAGAUGAGGGCUCAAGAUCUGGAUCGCAUCCGACUCUCCACCUACAGAACAGCAUGCAAGCUUAGGUUUGUUCAGAAGAAAUGCAAUUUGCACCUGGUGGAUAUAUGGAAUGUCAUAGAAGCAUUGCGGGAAAAUGCUCUGAACAACCUGGACCCAAACAUUGAGCUCAACGUGGCCCGCUUAGAGGCUGUACUCUCCACCAUUUUUUACCAGCUCAACAAACGGAUGCCAACCACUCACCAAAUCCACGUAGAGCAGUCCAUCAGCCUCCUCCUUAACUUCCUGCUUGCAGCCUUUGAUCCGGAAGGUCAUGGUAAAAUUUCAGUAUUUGCUGUCAAAAUGGCUUUAGCCACAUUGUGUGGAGGGAAGAUCAUGGACAAAUUAAGAUAUAUUUUCUCAAUGAUUUCUGACUCCAGUGGGGUGAUGGUUUAUGGACGAUACGACCAAUUCCUUCGGGAAGUUCUCAAACUACCCACAGCAGUCUUUGAAGGUCCUUCAUUUGGUUACACAGAACAGUCAGCCAGAUCCUGCUUCUCCCAACAGAAAAAAGUCACGUUAAAUGGUUUCUUGGACACUCUGAUGUCAGAUCCUCCCCCGCAGUGUCUGGUCUGGUUGCCUCUUCUGCAUCGACUAGCAAAUGUGGAAAAUGUCUUCCAUCCAGUUGAGUGUUCCUAUUGCCACAGUGAGAGUAUGAUGGGAUUUCGCUACCGAUGCCAACAGUGUCACAAUUACCAGCUCUGUCAGGACUGCUUCUGGAGGGGACAUGCCGGUGGUUCUCAUAGCAACCAGCACCAAAUGAAAGAGUACACGUCAUGGAAAUCACCUGCUAAGAAACUGACUAAUGCAUUAAGCAAGUCCCUGAGCUGUGCUUCCAGCCGUGAACCUUUGCACCCCAUGUUCCCAGAUCAGCCUGAGAAACCACUCAACUUGGCUCACAUCGUGCCUCCCAGACCUGUAACCAGCAUGAACGACACCCUGUUUUCCCACUCUGUUCCCUCCUCAGGAAGUCCUUUUAUUACCAGGAGGUUACCUGAGGGGAUAAGUGCAUCCAGCCCUGUGGCUGAAGAGCAUUCCCUCAUAAAGCUGUACGUAAAUCAGCUUGAUCACGGUGCACGCUCUCCUCCCAAGGACAGUGAAGUAGAGCAGAGCAAACUGCUGGCUAGGGCUGCUCCAGCUUUUCUGAAGGGCAAAGGGAUACAGUACAGCCUGAAUGUGGCAGACAGGCUAGCUGAUGAACAUGUUCUCAUCGGGUUGUAUGUCAACACGCUCCGGAACAACCCCUCAUGCAUGCUUGAGAGUUCAAACCGGCUUGAUGAAGAGCACAGGCUAAUCGCCAGGUAUGCGGCAAGGCUGGCAGCAGAGUCCUCUUCGUCUCAGCCAACUCAGCAGAGAAGUGCUCCUGACAUCUCCUUCACCAUCGAUGCGAAUAAGCAGCAAAGGCAGCUGAUUGCCGAGCUAGAAAACAAGAACAGAGAAAUCUUACAGGAGAUCCAGAGACUUCGCCUAGAGCAUGAACAAGCUUCUCAGCCCACGCCAGAGAAGGCACAGCAAAACCCCACCCUGCUGGCAGAACUCCGGCUCCUCAGACAGCGCAAAGAUGAGCUGGAACAGAGAAUGUCUGCUCUCCAGGAGAGCCGGAGAGAGCUAAUGGUCCAGUUGGAGGGUCUCAUGAAGCUACUAAAGACUCAGGGGGCAGGCUCUCCCCGCUCCUCCCCCAGCCACACCAUCAGCAGGCCAAUUCCCAUGCCCAUCCGGUCAGUAUCAACCUGCUCCACCCCGAUGCACACGCCGCAGGACUCCCUCACAGGGGUCGGGGGAGAUGUACAAGAAGCAUUUGCACAAAGUUCAAGAAGAAAUUUAAGGAAUGAUUUGCUAGUGGCUGCGGAUUCCAUCACUAACACUAUGUCCUCUCUUGUGAAAGAGCUGAAUUCUGAGGUGGGGAGUGAAACAGAGAGUAAUGUGGAUUCUGAAUUUGCACGGACUCAGUUUGAGGAUCUUGUUCCCUCACCAACCUCUGAAAAGGCUUUUCUAGCGCAAAUCCAUGCCCGAAAACCUGGGUACAUUCACAGUGGAGCUACCACAAGUACCAUGCGUGGCGACAUGGUCACAGAGGAUGGGGAUCCCUACGUGCAGCCUGAGGAUGAAAACUAUGAAAAUGAUUCUGUCCGGCAGCUGGAGAAUGAGCUCAAGAUGGAAGAAUACCUGAAACAGAAGCUGCAGGAUGAAGCGUAUCAGGUCAGCUUGCAAGGUUGAAUGCAAUAUCCUUUUAUCACACUCCUCUCAAGCAAGCUAUAGUCAGACAGAUGAUGAAAGUAACAUGAAAACUGGUGAUGAUGGAGAGCCCUGUGGCCACACAGAGGAGGAAGACAGCAGCCUGGCAGCAGUCUCACCGAAGAGAGGAGCCACCACACCCAGCAGCUCCUGACAAACCCCCACCCCUAAAGAUGUGUUCUGAUGACUAUAGUGCAGAUAACUUUUUGUUCUAAGAUUUGUAGUGCGUAGGUGUGUAUUUAGAGAUGGAAAAAAGAAAAAAAAGACUUCUGUUCAAAGUUAACUUAUCAACUACAUCCUCUGUAACAUGGUUCAUCCCUGGUUAAAAAGUAAAAAUACAAGCUGAAAACCCAUGCUGCUGUUAUACACAGUGGCAAUAUUAACAAGCAUUUUAAACCUUUGCACAUGAUAUUGAACCUGUUCAGUUUACAAUGACAAUAUUAAUACUGUUUAUAGCUAGGAGUUUGAUUUCUGAAUUAUUUGAGAUUUUAGCAAAACAGUUUAUUAUACACUGUACAUUUUUUUCCACAGCAAUUGGAAAAAAACAACCACUUGCAAUCAUUCACUAACCCUGAAGAAUCUGGUUCCUGAGUGUACAAACUCAGAUUCGAGAAGCCAAGAAGGGUCCUUGGCCUGCACGGUCUGUAGUUGACUCCAAGUCUCUGUGAGCAGUGACUUGAACCAAACAGACCAGGAAUCAUCCAUUCUUUGGGGUCUCUUUCCAACUUGGGGUUGUUUUCUUUCAAGAUACUCUAACAAAUCAGCCAUAGAAUUUAGUGUAAAUAUUUUUUUCCAAAUAGAUAUCAUAUUCAAAAAAGGCAACAUUCAAAUUAUAUAGAAUCUAGUUUUUAAAAUCAGCACAGAUCUUCUUAAAAACUGUGAACUAUGUUUUGAAAUACUCGUUACUAACGCUGUUUAUAAACCACAGGUGCCAUAAGAUCCCCAAAUGGACUAAAGUUAUCUAUGCUCUUCCAUGAUCUUGUUCCUCUCGUUCUGGCUUUAGGAAGCAUGUCUUUAACAGCACCGCUUGUUCACAAGUUCCCCCAUCAGGUUGUUUGGAGGCCUUCAGCUUUAAAUGUACAGGCUUAAAGUGCGCUUGCAAACAUUCGCUCUCCUUUUAUUUCUGAAUGUUUAUUGCCUUAGCUGGCCACCUGGUGUUCUGCAUGUAGCCUUCUGUGGUCAUGUUAAAGGAGACAGGCUCUUCUAAGUUGAGUUGGGAUUUUGCACUCAGUGAAAAGCUGAAGUGCAAAAGAGCUAUCAAAGAAAAGAGGAUAAAAGACGGAUAGUCUUUUCUAAGGACCCUCUUUACAGGGACCUAGAGACCUCCUUCAGGAUUCUGGGGAAAAUGAAAAAGUCAUCUACUUGCUUCAAGAUUUGAUUUUUUUAAAAACGCAACAUAGUCAAUACAUUAUACUUAAAUUGGCAAUUUCUCUGGAAUUCCUGUCUCUCCUUUAGAAGAAAGGAGAGAACAUUUUAGAACAAAAGUUCUCAAAUUGUGUUCCCUGGACCAGCAGCAUCUGCAACACUUAGGAAAGUCUUCGCAAUAUAAAUUCUUAAGCCUCACCUCAGGCCUACUGAAUCAGAAACUCUGGGGGUUGGGCCCAGAAAUCUGUUUUAAUCAACCCUCUAUGUGAUUCUGAUACUCGCUAAAACUACUGCUUUAGAAUGAAGUUGUAUAAUAAAGUCUCUGAAAAGGCCUUAUUCAGAAUAAGGAAGAAAGGUUCUGUGAUUCACUUUUGCUUCUGGGACUGGCAAAAAUCUUCUCCAAACCCCACACACCAAGUUCGUAGUUGGUGGGCUCCCAGCCAAGUCCUGACAUCUUCACACUCCCUCUGCAGAGGGCGGCUGUAAGAUGUUCAUGUCUGCGUUUGGUCAGAACCCAUCUCCUUGGCUACCCUUUGAAUCCAAAUCUCUUGCCUUGGGGAUAAAGUUCUCGAUUGGCAUUAGUGAGAAGCCCAUCCCAUCCCUUGACGUACUUAAUCAUGCAUCUCUCCAGAGAACCCGCCUGACAAAUGUCCCUGAGCACAGGCUGACACCAAAGUGGCACAACUGCACAGUUCUUAGAUUUCUUUGCACAGAUUGAUUUUUAUUGUGGGUUUUGUUGGGGUGUCUUAAUGUUCAUCUCUUUUCCACUGCCCAUCCUCUGUGAACCCAUACCUCUCUAGAUGGAGCAGGUGGCCACUGGUGCCUCAUACUCAGUACUGAAAACCACUACAUCCCAGCUACCUGUAUUGCUGUCAGCUCAAAAUCAUAGCCAGGUAGUUCUCGAACUCGGAACUUAAAUCCUGUACAUGGCACUCAGCCACUGACUGGACUGAGCUGGCAUAUGUUGUCUCUUUGUUCUACAUCAAAAUGUUCGUCUAAGAUUUGAACUGUUCUGCUGAUAACCUUCCCCGUCGUCAUAGCUAUUUCAUUGCCAACCAUCACAUGGUUGUCGAUACCAUCAUAUAAAGCCAUUGCAAGGACUCUGGAAACUGCCGCCAAUGACCAAUUUCUGACUAACCAGCCACCUUUUCUUUCUCUUAGCUCCACGUCAUCACUGAGACCAGACUCAAGCACCCCUGUCCUGUAACCGAGACAAAAUGGCGUGUGUUAUUUUGGGGUUUUGUGUUUUUUGGUGGGUUUCUUUCCUUGGCUCUCCAGAUUUACUUUUGGGGCCUGUUCUAAGUGCAAACCCAGCAGAUUUCACUUGUCCUGUCCAUUCGAUACAACUACAUCUUAUGGGCGUUGUUUCUUUCUCGUUCCACAAUGAAUUGCACAUCCAUCUCCAUCAGAGCUGGUAGCCUAUUAAUGAGCACUGGUCUAACACGGCGAACCCUCCCCCACAGCACCAUGUUAAUGGAGGAGGGGAGGAAGGUGAAAUCUACUACAUGGAAUUCAGGAAACGGUUGUGGUUGGUCAGGAUGGAAGUCGGGGUAAGUUUGGUUGGUCAGAGGGAGUUGUGCUGGAGAUUGUGAAAAAUGGGUUCUCGAAUGAUCUACUAUAAGGCAGGGAAGGUUCAUUUGUAAGUAGUAAUGUGAACUGAAUUGCAUUAAGAGUAUGUGGCCUUUGUUGUGAUAUACUAUGUAUUUUCUUAUAUGCAUGAGCCAAACUGUUGCAUCAUAAUUUAGCACCAAUGUCUGCUUUUAUUUUUCAUCUUUGUCCACCCUUAUUAGUUCUUGGCUGUUAACUGUAGAUAGAUCCUGUAAAUCCAGCAACCUUUGGUUGCUGCAUUCACGUUGGUUCAAUUCCACACAAGGAGUCACAAACAAGAACUCCAGUGUCCUCAGAAGGGCAUUUUUACUUUUGAACCAAAAAGAGAAAAAAAUCAGAAGUGUUAUAUCUUGAACCGAAUUAACUGUAAGACAUUUUUAAUUAUGACUACUGCAAUUUGACACCAUUCAAAAUAACCAAUUCAGAGACACUAAAGAUUUCACAAUAUUCACUGGUAUUGUAAAAAAAAAAAAACUACUAUUGUAUGGAUUUUUGUAUUGCUGUUAAGUAUUGUUGUGUGUGUGUGUGUGUGUGUGUGUGUGUGUGUGUGCGUUGGAACCUCCUGGGAACAUGUUAUAUUUUGAAGUGAUUAAACUAUUUAAUUGUGUGUCUAUAUUUUGGAGUGGAAUUAUUUCUUCAUUAAAAAAUGUUUUUAAAAACACUA